AUGCCAAAAGCGAAAUAUAGAGAACGGGAACAAAGAGCAGAGAGGGUGAUGGAGAUGGAGAUGAAAUUGCUGAUGAGUGAGGUGUUCGAGACGGUGUCAGCGCUGAAGAGGGCAGUGAAGGCCAGAGAAGUGGAGGUUAAGAACUUGAAGGAGAAGCUCAAGAGCACCACAAGCCUCACCAACAGUGUCAAGAAAGGAAGGUUUCAGUUAAAGAAGAAAGUUAGCUGUAAUCAAGGUCAAGUUGCAGCAUUGCCGACACCGGACUUAUUCGAAGGGACGAUGGGUGUAGUAAAGGAGGCGUCAAAGUCCUUCAUGACAUGGCUGCUCUUGCUCAUGCGCUCAGCUCACUGGGACAUCGCAGCUAUAGUUAGAUCCAUAAAAACGGCCACGAUAGUGACCAACACUACUAUGGACACCACCAUUUCCGUGGUGGGAUCUCACCAUGUGAAGUACGCUUUGGAGUCCUACGUGUGUCAAAAAAUCUUCCAGGGCUUCGACCACGAAACGUUCUAUAUGGAUGGCAACCUCUCGUCAUCGUUCAGGUGUUCCAAUCAGAUAUGGCCGUAG